UCAGAGGUCUAAAAUAAACAUUCCCGAAUCUAAUGGUUCCGCCCGGAUAUAUCUGUGGAAGGAUAAUCCAGCAGACAGGUUCCUCGGUGGUUGACUUUAACAGUAUUUAAGGUGUGGAUGUGUUGAGUUCAGACAGCGCCACCAGGUGUACAACAAUGAGCCUGGAAGGACAAUCAAAAGGUGUUGACCUGCCUGCCCUGCAGGAGCACCUCUGCGGCCUGUGGAGCAGGAAAGAGCAGGAGGAGCUACGGCAAGUUUUAGCGAGCAGUCUCUCAAAGAUGCAGGAGCCCUUGGCUGGUCUGCUGGACGUCCUGGAGGGCUGCCUUACUGUCCAGAAGGGGAAGUCCACCAUCUUGAACCAGUUCAUUCUCACAGAGUUUAUGCGCUGGAGGACCAAUAAUCCCCAGGCCAGUCUGAAUGGCUUGAGGGAAGAAGGGAGACUGCGUUUGCAACAGAAAGCCCUGGGGCUCCUCACAGACUCUCAUCCCAGGUACAUGGACCCCCUGCUGGAGAUUUAUCAGCUGAGCUCACUGAAAAGACCAGUGCUGCUGGAACAUGUGGACUUCCUGCAUGACUGCUGCUGCUUCAAAGAGGCGCUGAUUUUCGGUGUCAAAGUGGAACUCCAGAAAGAUCUGGACAUGGAGAAGAUGUGUGUUCCUCUUAUUCUCCUGGACAAGCUGUCGCUGGUGGAGCUGUAUGUUCGUGACCAUCCCGACCUGCAGCAGCGUCUGGUCAAACUGCUGGACUCCUGGUGCGAGCCCAACUUUAACAUCCAGACACUGCUCAGUCGGUACCCAAACAUGGUUCUCUCAAAACAUCAGAGGGACCAGAUCCAGCCCAAGCUGCUCAUUAAACAUGUGUUCAGACUCAUGGAGAAAUUCUGCAUUGAUCCCGGUCUGUGCUCUAAUUCUGUCUAUAAGAGGAAGCUGUAUUCACUGAGGUUUCUCAUGUACAAAACAUUUGGCGAGAAAAGCAUGUCUGAAGAGAACUGGAGAGACCAUGUUCAGGCCAUGAUUGAAGGCAAUACAGAGCUCCAGGUUCAAUUGGUGCAGCUGUUGGUUAAACACUGCAGCCUCAAGACCGCUGCCCAGUGGGCUGCACAUUACAACUUACCCAGAAACAGGCUUCCCCUAGGAGUCUGGGACAAAAUUCAGAACCUAAAAAAAAAACAUCUAGAAAUUCAUGCUGUGAGCGGCCCACCCGAAUCUUGGACACCUCUUCAGUCUGAUCAGCAAAAAUACUACCAGCUGCCUCUGCCCAGAGAAAACGUCUACUUUGUAGAGACAUUAGAUGAAGUUGAGCAGUGCAGAGAAACUGUUUUAAAGCCUGGUGGUGUGGUGGGAAUGGACAUGGAAUGGAGAGCCGGUUUUGGCACAGUGUCCUCUCAGCAUGUGGCUCUGAUCCAGCUGGCAGUACAGGAUCGGGUGUUUCUGUUGGACCUUUGUGCGCAUGCCAUUAGCCACCACAGCUCCACUGUGAACUUCAUCAGGGCUCUGCUGUCAGACAAGAACAUCCUCAAACUGGGUUAUGGGAUGUCUGGAGACUUGCGGAGUCUGGUCAGCAUGUGGCCUGAGCUCAGGGAAGAGCCGAUGAAAAUGGAAGGAGUUCUGGACCUGCUUCAUGUCCAUCAGAAGCUUCAACGAUGCUGGUCAGGCAACAAACGAUGUCGGUCAGUGGAAGUGAGUGAGGGACCAGCAGAGAAGGGCCUGAGUUUGCUAGUACAGCAGGUAUUAGGAAAACCACUGAACAAAACCGAGCAACUCUCCAACUGGGAACGCCGACCACUCCGGACCAGCCAACUCCGCUAUGCAGCCACUGAUGCGUACUGCCUGCUAGAUGUCUACCUCGUCCUCUCCCGGGACUCGAAGGCAUUUGGUUUGCCAGAGGACCUACGUUCCAUUCCCUCGGUCCAACAGGCCAAGAGCCGUGAGGAAAAGAAACCUAAAGAGAAGAACAAGCAGUCUAAAAGAAGAGAGGCUCGGCAGAAAGUGAAUGAGCCCCACUCUUUGGAUGACUGUAUAAAGGUGAAUUCAAAGUAUGAAGGGCCCACCAUCACACCACCAGAGCUGCGAGUGGUCUGUGAUAACAUGCUGCAGGAUCUGGGACGUUUUUUGCGCUGUCUGGGGGUGGACGUCAAAAUGCUGGAAGACUCGGAUGACCAUAAAGUAGCAGCAGAGCUGGCUCGUGCUGAAGGUCGUGUCAUCCUCACCGCAGGUCAGCCCUACCAAACAUUACGCUCACAGGUCGGAGAGGGCCGCUGCCUGACUCUGGACUGCUCAGAAAAGGCACGUGAUCAGGCUGUGCAUGUUCUCAGACAUUUCCAUGUCCACCUCACCCCUGCAGACAUCUUCAGUCGAUGCCAGGCUUGCAAUUGUAAUGAGUACUUGAAGCUGUCCAGAGAGGAUAUGACCCGCAUGAUGAGAGAGAGAGACAUCGUGUCUAAGUGGGAUGACUGUGAGUCACAAGCAGAAUCCAAUAGCUGGAGGCCCCCAGAGGGCCCAGAGUUCACCCCUCACUGCCGCUGGGCCCCACGUACCGCCCUGGACCCCCAGACCUUCAAAUUCCCCAGCGGGGCCGAAGUUCAGCUGGAGACCGUGCCCCCAGGCCUCCUGUGCCAGAUUCCAGUGUACUUCAUCUGCACCGGCUGUGGAAAGGUGUUCUGGGAGGGGACCCACUAUGACCGCGUGCUGUCGCAGUUCCAAGAGGUCCUGCACGUCAGUGAAGACGCAGCAACAAAAGCAUGAGAUCCAACAAACUCCAGGUGUAAUGAACUCUUGCAUUUUUUUUCAUGCCUCUGAUUUAAAAAAAAAAAUCUUUUUAUGGAGGUAUUUUUAUUUGCUACACUGUGUCAUAGUAACUGUGCAAAAAACCUUUUGAAAGCUUUAAUUGUGUUUUGCACUGCAAAGAAAAUUAACUAUCAAAUGAUCCUGUGUACAUUAGUUUUACACAAUAUAAUAAUAUGCUUGAUGCCAAAAAAUGUUUACAAACCUCCUGAAAGUGUUUUUAAGAACACUUUAUGAAAAGAUUAGUCACACGAAGUUAUUGAAAACAGGAUUUAUAUUGGAUCGACCCUACAAAAUGGCACAAGACUUUCAUUUUUAAUUUUUAAUUUUUUCAUUUUCAUACAUAUCUUGUUUAGACGUAUUUUUACUGUUUUUUUUUUUUUUACUUAAGAUAUAAUUAGUUUUACACAUAAUAUACUUAAUGUCAUAAAGUUCACAAACCUCCUAAAAUUGUCCAUAAAUCAUAAGUGUUAACUGUUUUAACAACACUUUAUGAAAAGAUUAGUCUCAAAUUUUGAUUUAUAUUCAUUUAACUUUUUUUUUAUUUAACAGUUUUUUACUGUUUUUCAAACUUAAGAUCUAAAUUUGUUUUACACAAUAUAAUAUACUUUUUGCCAUAAAAUGUUUACAUUAACCCCCCCAAAAUGACAAAAUAUUCAUUUAAUUUUUCCCAAAAUCUUUAGUCAUUUUUUACUAUACUUUUUAAUAUCUAAAUUUGUUUUACACAUUAUAAUGAUAUAUUUAAUGCCAUAAAUUGUUUACAAAGCUGUGAAGUGUUUUAAAUAACACUUUAUGAACAGAUUCACUACAAAUUUGAAAACAGGAUAUACGUUGGAUUAAUCUUUAUUUUUCUAAAAGAUCUAUCAUGAUAGUUUGCGUGUUAUCUCUCUUGCACUUAUCGCUAAAAACCAAAAAAAAGUUUUAUUUUCUUGACUUCCUUUUUGCAGAUCGAGUGUUGUUUAUGUUUAGUCUUUAAGUCAUAUCUCCAUUUGUAAAUCUGUCAAAACUACAAAAAAACAUGCUUAGGUUCCCCAAAGACAGUGCUGCUGAAUUCACGCCAGACACUGUUUUCGUUCCAAGUUUUUGAGGACGGUUUGCAAGUUCAUAACAGGAUGGGCUGUAUACAGUCAGUCCUCAGUGCUGCCCUUCCGAGUUCAAUAAAGCCAUGCUCAAACAGA